AUGCCAACAGGGGCAGAAUCUCAGAGGGAAUGGGGGGAGUUGCUAAUUGGGUCAGAAGCCCAGGGAACAGGGCAGGAGGUGCCACCUGAGACAGAGGUUGAGGGAGUAUGGGAGGUAAACCCCUCCAUGCAGAUGGAGGCUGAAUCCCAGGGACAGAGCAAAGAUACUUCAAGCGGGGCAGCUGCUCAAGGGAUGAGGGGACAAAUAUUAGAUAAAAAUGAUUUUGCAGGAGAAAGGGCAGUUGAAACUGAAGGAUAUGUUCCUACAGGAAAAAGACUUCUGGAGACUGAUCCAAGGAUUUGGACAGGAAAGUCCUUGAUAGAAGACGUUAGUGGGUCUUCUGUUGUUUCAAUAACUAUUGAGGCAGGUGGGGUAAAGAAAGGUACCAAGAAAAACAGUUCUGGAGACAGGAGCAAAAAGCAGACUAAUAAGAAAAAGGGAAAAAAGUCCAAGGCUGAAGAUAAGUUUAAAGAGAUCUCCAUCUAUUUUCCUAAAGAGCAGUGGGCGGAAAUGGGAGAAUGGGAGAAACUGCGUUAUAAGAACAUGAAACACAAUUAUGAAUUUAUGAUUCAAUUAGGUCUUCCUACUCCUAAACCAGCAUUUAUGUAUUAUGCACGGCACCCCUUAAAGACUACAAAUGAAUCCUCUGAAUCAGAUGAGGAAUGGACACCAACACUUAUAGAUUUCCAAAGAAAAGCUGUGCCUGAAAAGAAAAAGGAAAGGAAAAAAGAACAGAAGAAAGAAAUUAGCACUUACAGAUUACGGAAGAGAGAAAGAAAAACAUAUAUGGAAAUAAAUGAACCAAAUGAUGAUGAUUACUUGUAUUGUGAAUAUUGCCUGACAUUCUUUGUUGAAGAGUGUUCUGUUCAUGGUCCUCCACUUUUCAUCAGAGACACAUUAGCUGAACUAGGACUGGCAGACAGAGCCACCUUCACUUUACCUUCAGGUUUUAGAAUUGGCCUUUCAAGUAUCCCCAGAGCUGGUUUUGGAGUCUGGAAUGAAAGGGAAAUAUUGCCUCCAGGAAUUCAUUUUGGACCAUAUGAAGGAACAAUGACAGAGGAAGAAGAAGCAGCAAACAGUGGCUAUUCCUGGAUGAUUACCAGAGAGCAGAACUGCUACAUUUACGUUGAUGGAAAAAAUGAAACUAGUUCCAACUGGAUGAGGUAUGUUAACUGUGCCAGGAAUGAGGAGGAACAAAACCUUGUUGCUUUCCAGUAUCAUGGGGAAAUAUAUUACAGAACAUGUAAAGUAAUCCAACUUCAUUCUGAGCUUCUGGUUUGGUAUGGAGAAGAAUAUGGAAAGGAACUUGGCAUCAAAUGGGGAUCUAAAUGGAAAUCACUAAACGUUUACAGACAGAAUUCAUACUUGGUGAAGAAGCAACAAAUAGUUUGCCAUCAGUGUCCCAGUUGUGAGACAGCUUUUACUUGCAAAGAUUAUCUCACCCGACAUAUGAAAUGGAAGCAUUCUGGAUUUAUAAUACAUGCUGAAGAACCAGAAAAAAUACUUACAGAAAAAUCACUACCCAGAAUAAGAAGUGAUACUUCCUACCAAGCCAUGGUACAAGAUAUAAUGCCAAGCAAUGUGAACAAAGGUAAAGAUGAUGAAGCGCUUUUUUUGAAAGACAGAAAUGAAGAAGCAGAGCAUAAGAAUCAUAAAAACAAUGGAAAAAACCAUUUUCAGCUGGUUACUCACAAUCAGACACACAGAGGAAAGCCAUAUUCACAUAAAUGUGUACAGUAUUCCUGUAGGGAGUGUGGGAAAAGCUUUAGCCAAUCAUCAACACUGGCCACUCACAAGCGGACACAUACAGGAGAGAGGCCAUAUUCCUGUAGGGAGUGUGGGAAAAGCUUUAGCCAAUCAUCAACACUGGCCACUCACAAGCGGACACAUACAGGAGAGAGGCCAUAUUCCUGUAGGGAGUGUGGGAAAAGCUUUAGCCAAUCAGCAAACUUGGCCACUCACAAGCGGACACAUACAGGAGAGAGGCCGUAUUCCUGUAGGGAGUGUGGGAAAAGCUUCAGCCUAUCAUCAACACUGGCCACUCACAAGCGGACACAUACAGGAGAGAGGCCAUAUUCCUGUAGGGAGUGUGGGAAAAGCUUUAGCCAAUCAGCAAGCCUGGCCACUCACAAGCGGACACAUACAGGAGAGAGGCCGUAUUCUUGUAGGGAGUGUGGGAAAAGCUUUAGCCAAUCAGCAAGCCUGGCCACUCACAAGCGGACACAUACAGGAGAGAGGCCGUAUUCUUGUAGGGAGUGUGGGAAAAGCUUUAGCCAAUCAGCAAGCCUGGCCACUCACAAGCGGACACAUACAGGAGAGAGGCCAUAUUCCUGUAGGGAGUGUGGGAAAAGCUUUAGCCAAUCAGCAAGCCUGGCCACUCACAAGCGGACACAUACAUGACAGAGGCUGUAUUUUGUUUAUGGAGUGUGA